AUGGCCGAAAGCACAGCUCCAGCGGAAGGAAACAACCAGAACUGUUCGUUCUGCGAGGAUGUUGACGGGGUGGACGACAUGGUCCAAUGCGACGUUUGUGACCUGUGGGCUCAUUACCGGUGUGCCGGUGUGACGGAAGCGGUCAAAAAUGAAAGCUGGAGUUGCUCGAAGUGUAGCAUUCAACUACAGGUACCAAAACCUGGUAGGAAGGCACCCGUGAAGAAGGGGCCGCCUAGAAAAACAGAGCAGGAAGCUAAAGAGAAGGAAUUGGAGGAGCAAAAAUUAUUUUAUGAGAGGCGCUUAGAGAUAGAGCGUUCCUUUCUGCAGCGAAAGCGGGCGCAACAACAAGAUAUGUUGCUUAAGGAGAGGCAACUAUUGGAGAAACGUCUGUCCGACGAACGGGAAUUUUUAGAACGGCAGCAGGCACUCCGGACCCAAUUCCGGCACAUGAAACUAGAGCUAUCCCGUCAAUUCGAGGGUACGGAUGAUGAAGUAGACGAGGAAAGUCCGGAAGGUGCGGCUGAUAAAGUCCAGCAGUGGAUGAAAUCCAACCGGCAGGAUCCUCGAGGUGCGUAUCCGAAGCAGCAAGAGAGAGUUACUACAUCUUCAUCGGGCGACAGAGAGGCCAUCGAAGAUGAGGAUAAGGCGGAAAAGCUAAAGCGAGACAGUCUAGUCGGAAAUGUCAUCGGUGCACGUUCGGUUGCCACAAAAGGCAACACAAUACAAAGCAAAACAGGAUCGAGCAGCGUAAACAAUCGAUUAUUAGAACAGGUUAUUCUCCAACGCCCAUUGAAAGGAUCUGUAUCUUUUGCACAUGAGCAGAAUCCUCACGUGGAGACGGAUUGCGAGGGAGAGGAAAUAGAUCCGUUGUACGAUGCAGACUGGACGGAGGAGGAAGAAGCAACCAUUCCAGCUUGCGGUUACACAAAUACUGAUAACCUGAAGAGACUUCAGGAUAGUCUACAGGGUUUUGCGAAAGAAGCCGUCCAAAGCCGCCUUUUAUUACCCGAGUCCGUGCCAGAGGUCGUAGAGGACCUGCGCAAAUUAUUCGGAAAUUCUGAAAAGCUACUCAAAACUCUGGUAGCGAAAGUUCGGAACGCUCAAGCCCCUAGACUGGACAAGUUAGAGACAUUUCUUUAUUUCGGGAUCACCGUCAAGCAAUUAUGCGACCACCUCGAAGCAGCCGGAUUGCGAGAUCACUUGAGUAACCCUAUGCUUGUACAGGAGUUGGUUAGCAAGUUGCCUCCUUCGUACAAACUUGACUGGGUACGAUUCAAGCGAGGCAGGUGUGGAACUCCGCUCAGAAUAUUCACGGACUUUACAAACGAAAUCGUUUCCGAAGUUUCGGAAGUAGCUGAGUUUACCGGAACUGAACAACAUACGUUAAGAGAGCCAAUGAGAAGCAGUAAACCAAAAAGAAAUGAAUAUCUGCACGCUCAUACAACGCAUGGCGGACAGUCUGGAGGGAUGCUGCUCCCGGCACAGCAAAAAAGCAAGAAGUCGUGUGUCGUAUGCAAAAGAACUGACCACAAGUUGCGAUUUUGUGACGACUUCGUUAAGUUGGGCCUGCGAGAUCGGGCUAAGGUUGUGGAGAAACACAAACUCUGCCCAGUUUGUCUUAACGACCAUGGCAACGCACGGUGCACGUUCAACGUCAAAUGUAAUGUAAACAACUGUAGAGGUGGUCAUCACCCGCUACUUCAUCGUGCCGAAGAAGUCAUUCAGGUCGCACGCGUUGAAUUGAAUACUCACGAAUGUCAAGCUUCUAUUCUAUUCCGGAUGAUUCCAAUAACCCUUUACUACGGGGAAAACUCGGUAGAUUCCAUCGCCUUUCUAGACGAAGGCGCAUCCACAACUUUGGUGGAAAGCACUAUAACUGAUAGACUCAACGCAGAAGGAAUACCGGAACCACUAGUCGUAGUGUGGACGGCCAACAUGAAACGUCAUGAAGAUCAGUCCAGGAGAGUAAAUCUAUCGAUCUCGUCAAGGGGAAGCGACAUUAGGCAUCAGCUAGCAGAGGCGCGUACCGUUACAGAUCUGGUAUUACCGCAGCAAAGUAUCAACUUUAAGGAAAUGGCGAAACGUUUCAAGCAUUUGCGCGGUUUGCCAGUGAUCGACUACAAUAAAGAUACGCCGAGGGUGCUAAUCGGAUUGGACAAUCUGCAUUUGUUUGCGCCGUUAGAAUCUAGAGUUGGAGGCCCUAGUGAACCGAUCGCAGUGCGCUCAACCCUUGGAUGGACAGUGUAUGAAGUAACCCGACAAGAAAUAUCGCCCCGCGUUUUCGUCAGCCACCAUUCAAUCCAACCUGUGAGUAACGAGGAACUACACGAGAUGCUAGGUACACAAUACCGCUUGGAGGAGUCCUAUACGCCUGUCGUUCCCCUACUGGAAUCCAACGAGGACCAGCGAGCACGGGAGGUUUUGGAGAAAACUACAAUCAGAGUAGGGGAUCGCUUCGAAACCGGCCUGAUCUGGAAAGAGGAUUAUACAACAUUUCCCGACAGCUACCCGAUGGCAAUGAAACGAUUGCAGGCGCUAGAACGUCGACUUGCCAAAAAUCCGGAGCUACAACGGAAUGUAUUCCAGCAGAUCGUGGAGUAUCAGCAGAAGGGGUACUGCCAUAAAGCAUCGAAAAUAGAGCUUGGUAAUGCAGAUGCGAAUAGGGUAUGGUACUUACCAUUAAAUGUAGUUCUUAAUCCUAAGAAACCGGGCAAAAUCCGCCUAGUUUGGGACGCAGCGGCGACUGUCGACGGAGUAUCUUUGAACUCCCGCUUGCUUAAAGGCCCCGAUCUAUUAACCUCACUCCUUUCUGUAAUUUGCAAAUUCCGGGAAAGGGCGAUCGCAUUUGGUGGUGACGUACGCGAAAUGUACCACCAACUGCGUAUACGUGAAGCAGACAAAUCGGCACAAAGAUUCCUCUUCCGAUUCGACCCCGAGAAGUCCCCCGAUGUGUACGUGAUGGACGUAGCUACCUUCGGGUCCACUAGCUCUCCAUGCUCGGCACAAUUCAUUAAAAAUCGCAAUGCCGAGGAAUAUGCAACACAGUUUCCAGAUGCGGCAAGAGCGAUUAUUGAUCGACAUUAUGUCGACGACUAUUACGAUAGUCUCGACACCGAAGAUGAAGCGGUGCGACGAGCUAAGGAAGUCCGUUACAUUCACUCAAAAGCCGGCUUUGACAUCCGGAAUUGGGCAUCAAAUUCAACAGAUGUUCUGAGCAAGCUCGGAGAAUCCAAUGUCGAUAAGCUGGUACAUUUUAGUCAAGAAAAAACCACCGAUCAAGAACGAGUUUUGGGGUUAAUUUGGGAUACAGUACAGGAUGUUAUAACGCCGACGAAUGUGGGUCAGGCACUUCGGGACUCCUACAAACGUUCUCAACAACUGGCAGAUAACAUGUGGCGGCGCUGGAUAAAAGAAUAUAUUCCGAGUAUCAACCAAAGAAACAAAUGGUUUGGAGAAUCCAAGGCUUUGCAGAAGGGAGAUCUAGUCUACGUUGUGGAAGGUGAACGUCGCAAGGUAUGGAUACGCGGGAUCGUCGAAGAAUUAAUCGUGUCUAGCGAUGGGAGAGUACGGCAGGCAAUGGUAAGGACCAACGGCGGGCUAUUUAGACGUGCAACCGCCAACCUAGCGGUAUUGGAGAUAAAUGAGGGUAACGCUGAUCCGGUGGCUGGUUCCGAACCAGGAUUACAGGUCGGGGAAUUGUUGAGUUCAACCAUGGUGGGCAAACCCACUGGGUCUGGCGGAAGGCACAAUUCUGUCAUCGCACUAGAGACAGCUCAGUGA